ACGGACAAGCUUGGUAAAUUUCCACCAAUAUUGUUUUUUUUUCUUUCUCAAUUUUCGGCUAACCAUGGACAAGUCUGAUACAGAGGAAAAUACAUACCGAAUAAGGCCUAAUUUUCAGCUCAAGUUUAAAUCGGCUGUUGCAAAGGAGUGCAUUCGCGAAAUCCUGAGGGAGCGUUUGUCUGGGCUGAAGUAUGACCCAGAGGACGUGGCUGCUUUGUCUUCGUCUCUGGCAGACUGCAUUAGGGACAAACUGAGGGAUGUGGGAUUUGACAGAUAUAAGCUUGUGGUUCAAGUGGUCAUCGGGGAACAACGAGGAGAGGGAAUCAAGAUGGUCUCAAGGUGUUUCUGGGACGCAGACACAGACAACUACGCUGAAGAUGUAUUCAUGAAUGACAGCUUGUUCUGUGUAGCUGCUGCCUUUGGGUGCUAUUACUACUGAGGAGGAUGGGUCACACAGCACUCUUUCAGAUUGGAGUGAGAUGUUUGGUGUAGAAAAGGAGACAAGUGGUCUAUUUUGCCUGCAUAACAUCAAUGUUGUCCACCAUCUGGAACCAUCAUUUGUGCAGUUCUUUGGUACACAUAUCCGAAGUAACCCAAGAUUUAACUGCAUAAUGCUUCAAUGUUCUCCAGAAGAGAAAGCUCUUGCUGUUUGAAGAAAGUACGGUAAAAAUAAUUCUGUUUCUAAAAAUGGAUUUAAAUCACAAUACAGUCAUGUGACCCACUGAAUUGAGAAAAAAGGAAAUGGAAAAAAACCCCAUCUAUUUAUAAUAAACUUUUAUAAUAAAGUAUCUAUAUUGGACUUUUUCUAAAAGCAAAUUUCAAAAUGCCUUAUAGGCCAUUAUAGAACAAAUGAUGCAGUAUAGUAAAAGAACAGUAAAUUUGGAAUGAUUGCCUUGCCUUUUUAUAUCUCAAGUGGCUAUAUGAUUUUGAAAAAAAAAACAAAAAAAACUGCCAACCAUGGUGAUUAUACAAAUGACAAGUUCACAUGCAAUGCCCAGCAGUGUUUAGCUCUCUGUGCCCAACUUGUCACAACUUCCACAACAGAGGUCGCUGUUCGCCUCUGACUCAGUUACCCACCGGGGAAACGUUCGGGCAACUUUGACGAACAGUUGCCUCAGGAUCUUCCUACUGUAAUAACACAGGAACAUCUUGUUUAAGACAUGUAUGUAAACUGUUCUUUGUCCUCCUUUUUGUCUACUGCAAGGUGUCUUGUUCAUUAUUAUUGCCUAAAGACUUGCCUAAGGUAUCACCACCCUUGUGAUGGGUUGACUAACUUUAAAUCUCUAAAUUUGCAUAUGCAGUGAUUCUCUGAGAAAGAGAGAUUAAUUUUAUAUUAGCUAAAUAUCAGCUAUCACUGCAGCACCUGAAACAACAUGGGAUGUUAAUUUGCGGGGUUUUUAAUACCAAAUAAAAAGUAGAUAUACAACAUAUUAAGAACGACAGCUACUUCUACAAGUGGGGAUUAAAAUCAUUUGUUUUUUUAACAUCUUUUUUUUUUAAAGUGAGAAAAUGGGUGCAUAUAUGGAUUGUAUCGUCUGCAGUUAAAUGGUGAUUUAAAAAAUUUAUUUUUUGCCAUUUGAACAUGAACUCUCAGCUCAGCCUUCAAUGUUGCUGUUUAUCUGUUUGGUCUCUUAUGUGCCAAUUUGUGCAGGGGUGAUUAAAAAAUUAUACAUUAUCUGUCAUUUGGUUUGACAUCAGAGCAACAUCAGGGGAGCUGUUUGUUCAGUUUGUAUGAACUGAGAUGCAUGUUUGCCUUUUCUUCUUUUGCAUUUGUUUUUCACUGCUCAACAACAUUUGAAAUUGAAAUGAAACUUGAAAAACAGAUAAGGUAAUAUUUGUGGUUCAUUUUCAGUGAAAGAUUUUCUCCUUGCAAGUUAAGCAU